AUGACUGAAGUUAGCUCAGAUCAGACACCGAACCCCUGCGGCCACAACGACCUUCACUGCAGACUCAUAAUUUCCUUCGUUUCCCUCUCCACCUUCUUCCUCCUCCACAUGGUCGACGUUAACUCCCGGCACGUGGCUGUGGCCUUCGACAUUCCUGUACACAACAUCAGCAUUUACUUCGACAAGGUGUACAGCAUCAGGAACAUUAUGAUUCUGAUGGGCACGCUAAUGGAGUACGGCAUUUUCCACGCCGCCGGCGCCGACCUUAAUCCUGAGGACCUGAACAGGGGCAAGAGGGUCCGCAGGUACGUCAAUUUGGCUCUAUACUUUUUCGUUUUGGCCAGCAGGGUUGCCAUUUUUAUCGCACUUUUUUUAAACAACAAGGCUUACCACUUUUACGUUCUUCUCUCGGUCGAAAUUUUCUUUUUAGGCCCCUUCGACCACUCAUACCUCGCUCUCUGCGCUCAGUACGUUUCUAUCAUUUCUUCAUUUUUUCACUUAACUCGCUUUUUCAUUUUCGGGUUCCAAUUCAUCCUCGACCGGAUUUGGUACGACAACCCUCUUCUGAUGAUUAAGAUAAUGUGCUUUUUCUGUGCCACGUCCACUGUCAUUUCAUUCUUCUUGCUGUACUACUUCUACUUCCACAUUAAGGAUGACCAUUUUGCCCCUUUAUCUAAGGCAGAGGCUGAGAAGCACAAGCAUCCUGGUGACAAACGCGGCGAGAGCCUUUUGGGCAUGAUCAUUAACGCUUCAAAGUCCAUAUCCGAGGAUGUAGAGCCUGAACCGCCUGAAAAGCAAGUCCAGCCUGAACCGCCAGACGAGCAAGCCGAGACUGAAUUGCCUGAAAAGCAAGCCGAGACUGAAUUGCCUGAAAAGCAAGCUGAGUCUGAGUGCUUCAGUAAACUAUGUCACGAUUGCAUGAAACGUGUCGGCAACGACGAUAUUGGCACCCUAAUAUCGCCCAUGCUAAUGAACUAUCUGAUUUGCUUCGUCAAGGACUUCCUCUUCCCCGGCACUAUUCCCUACGCUCUUUUGGAGAGGGACAAAUGCCACGCCAUAAACAUGCUGAUACCAAUUUUUAUUGGAACGGGCCCCCUUUUGUACGUUUUGAUCGAUACUUGCACUGAUUACUUACGCUGCUGGAGCUGGUACCUCGAUCUCGUUUGGAUCACCUUCAUUCCCCUUCCCAUAAUUUACGUGUACUCGUUUAUGGCAAUUCACUCUCAGAACCCGCUGGCCUUGAAGAUCAGAAACUCCCGGCCCAGGGUAAUGGCCAUGACUCUGAUCAUGAUGCUCGGCUACGGUUUUUUGGACGGGCUCGGCUUCAUAGGCUUGGGGCUUUAUGCUGUGCGGGGUAACCCCAAGGGCUACACCAUUCACGGGAUCGACCUCAUUCUCGAGAUGUUUUUCCGCACCAUAAUCACCAAGUCCUCUGUGGGCUACAACGUCACCCGGGUCAGCCUUGGCUACCAUCUUCCCAAGUACCGGCCCAACCACCGGAUGUCUAAAUCCAACGCUUCCUGGUACAUUUUCCGGGAGACCUUCAGAAGGGCUUGGAGAGACGCCAAACGCGAUAUUGGCCUCAACAUAAAAGAGUAUUUGUAA